AUGUCUGAAGAGCCUGCCGCCAAUGGCACCACCAUUGGUGUGGCGAUGCCCAUCCUGCCGAAGAUGAGUGAGCGCAACGAACAAGGCCUGCCUGUGAACUGGGGCAUCCCAGACGCCUUUCUACUCCCAAACGGAUAUCCUGAUUAUCUGCGAUUGAUCUUGACAUCCCGCGUCUAUGAUGUCCUUGAGGAAACUCCCCUUCACCAUGCCGUGAACUUGAGUAACCGUCUGGAGAGCCGAGUUUUGCUUAAGCGAGAGGAUCUCCUGCCUGUCUUCAGCUUCAAGCUUCGUGGCGCAUACAAUAAGAUGGCUCACCUGAACCCGGAGCAGCGGUGGAAGGGUGUCAUCGCUUGCUCUGCCGGAAAUCAUGCACAGGGAGUUGCUUAUUCUGCUCGCAAGCUGAAGAUUCCCGCCACGAUUGUGAUGCCAUCCGGUACCCCCGCCAUCAAGCACCUGAAUGUUGCCCGUCUGGGGGGAGAUUUCGAUGCCGCUAAGGACGAGGCACACCGGUUGGAGAAGCAGCAUGGUCUGACUAACAUUCCACCAUUCGAUGAUCCGUACGUUAUUGCUGGUCAGGGUACCAUUGGUAUGGAGUUGUUGCGCCAGGCCAACCUUGAUAAGCUGGAAGCCGUCUUCUGUGGUGUUGGUGGCGGUGGUCUGAUUGCUGGUAUUGGUGUGUACCUGAAACGCAUUGCUCCUCAAGUCAAGGUCAUUGGCGUGGAGGCCUACGAGGCCAAUGCCAUGGCCCAGUCAAUGGAUGCUGGUUCCCGCGUUUUCUUGAACGAAGUUGGCCUCUUCGCCGAUGGUGCUGCCGUCAAGUCUGUGGGUGAGGAACCCUACCGUGUUGCCCGUGAUGUGAUCGACGAGGUCAUCCAGGUUUCCACCGAUGAGAUCUGUGCGGCCAUCAAGGAUGCAUUCGAGGAUACCCGCUCCGUUGUCGAGCCUGCUGGUGCUCUUGGUCUUGCCGGUCUGAAGAAAUACAUUGCCAAGAAUCCCAGCCCUGACGUUAACCGUGAACUGAUUGCCAUCACCUCCGGGGCCAACAUGGACUUCGACCGUCUUCGCUUUGUGGCCGAACGUGCCGCUCUCGGCGAAAAGAAGGAAGCUUUGUUGAGCGUUAAGAUCCCCGAGAAGCCCGGUGCCUUCGCCAAGCUCAUUGAGGUCAUCCUGCCUCACGCUGUCACAGCCUUCAGCUAUCGUUACGCCCAGGAGGACUACGCCGAUGUGCUGAUGGGAAUCCAACUCUCCGCCAUUACCGGCCGCGAUGACUUGGCCAAGAUCAUGGCGGAGUUGGAGAAGGAUGGUAUGAGCACCCGGGACCUUAGCGAUGACGAGCUGGCUAAGCGGCAUCUUCGCUUCCUUGUGGGCGGCCGCUGUGAUGUUACUGACGAGCGCCUCUUCAUGUUCGAGUUCCCUGAGCGACCAGGCGCCCUGGCCAAAUUCCUCACCACCCUCCGCCCUAAUCAGAAUAUUUCUUUGUUCCACUACCGCAACUACGGCGGCGAUGUCGGCAAGGUUCUUGCUGGUAUCCAGUGCCCGUCUGCAGAGAAAGAUGAUCUCGAGUCCUUCCUUUACGAUUUGGGAUAUCCCUUCAGCGAGCACACCGACUCACCCACCUAUAAGACCUUCCUCCGCUCGUGA